AGCCAGGAGACGCGCAUCGUUGAACUGCAUUUCGUGCUGCAAAACACACACACAACAUCCCAAAGGAGACGCAAAGAAAAUGCAUUAAACCAAAAAUUUGUGGUGUUUGCAUUAAAAAUAACAAUUAAUAACGCACAUUAUAGGCGGCGCUUGGCAUAAAGGCAGAGGCGCCGGGCGCCGAGAAUUUGGACGCGUGGCCCAAGAUGAUCAAACUGCGACCAUAUGUGCCAUCCAAGCGCAUCGCCAUACGGGACUCUUCGAUUGAUGAGGACAUAAGCGAUGAUGUCGACGAUGAGGUAUUCAUUAAGGACGCCAGAUCCGCCAAACGCAGCGAGGAGCAGGGUCUGAAGCGUCCCUUGAUGGCGCCACGUCGCAAGCACAGCUCCGGAUCGGGCAGCAGCUCCACGCCCAUUAUGAAGCAGCACAAACGGCGUCGCUGCUGCAGAUGCUGGGAGUCCUUUUGCUACGUGCUCGCUGCAUUGACUGUUCUCUGUGCGCUGCUCAGCUUGGCGGCCUUGAUGUUGACGCUGUUCCCAUCGCCCAUACAGAAUAUACAUCAUUGGUGGAAUCGUGGCGAACAGUUGGGCGCAUUGGCCACAGCUCAGAUCAGUUAUGGCAGCUCCAUGGGCAGUGAAUUUGUGCCCUGCACACAGAUUCGGGUGCAGAAACUCUGGACACGCAGCAUGCCCAGAAUGAACAGCGAGAGUCCGUUGAGAGCGGCUGAUCUGAAUGGCGAUGGCAUCAAGGAUGUCAUCUUUGGCUAUGGCGUCGAUGAUAACAUACACUACGAGGGCAUUCCACUGCCGCGUUGCAAGUCCGCGCAGCAGGGUGACGAUGUACCCUGCGAGGGUGGCGUUGUGGCGCUCAAUGGUCGUGAUGGCAGCAUUCUGUGGCAAUCAUGGAGCGUGGCGAAUGUGUUUUCGCUGCACUGCAAUGCAGACAUUGAUCGCGACGGUGGCAUGGAUUGCUUGGCGGCCGGCAGACUGGGCAUGAUCUAUGCCAUCAAUGGACGCACUGGCCAGGUUAUCUGGACUUUCCAUGAGCUCGAGGUGGAGACAAAUUCACCCAUUGUUAUGGAUCUCUAUACGAUCAAUGUGCUGCGUGACUUGGACGGCGAUGAGGUGCCCGAGAUUAUAGCUGCCCAUCUGGAGGAGCGUGAAGAGUCCAAAGCUGGCCACAUCAAGCUCAUCUCAGGCAAGACGGGCAAAGUGAUUCGCAGUAUACCGACGCCACAUCGCGAAGAGAUGUUUGUGCCCAUCCAGCUGCUGACCAAGGGCGAUGGCACUGAGCUGCUGUUAAUGAUCACCGGUGGUCAGAAUACACCGGGCGGCAUCUACAGUCUGCGUCUGCUGUCGUUGAUGGCGCACACCAGCGAGAAGCACUUCACGCCCUUGCAUCAACAGCAGCGUUCGGGUUUGAUGGUGCCCGCAGUAUUAACUGAUAUCAAUGGUGAUGGCGUUACGGAUGUGGUUGUGGCUGCCUUCAAUAGUAGCGUCUAUGCCUAUGAUGGUCGCAACUACAGCAUGAUGUGGAACUAUACAUUCCCGGCGAGCGAAUGCGUUAGCGCCAUUGUCCCGGGGCAUUUCAAUCACGACAACGUCACCGAUUUCAUGGUCAAGUACAACACGGGACCAGGCUUUCCCGUCUAUUACUAUUCGCAGACCACCAUCCUCGAUGGCAACACCGGACAGCCGCUGCUCAAUGCCAUGAUGACAGAUGCAGGCGGUGCUAGCAGUCUGUUGGGUGGCGUCUCCAUUUCCCAGAGCUUUGGCGGCGACUUCUUUUUGCACUGGCAGCUGCAGUGUCGCAACAAACCCAAUGCACGCGAUGCCUACGAGUUUGUGCCCGACAGUGACAUUAUUUUACAGGCUCGAGCGGACACCUGUCGCCUGCGUUAUAACGAAUCCACAGUGCUCAAGCUCUAUGCUAUUGCCCGGCACAUUGAGCCACCGGGUGCUGUGCUAUUUAGCACCGAUGACUUGGAGGUGCAGCUGAAUCGCACACAAAGGCCCGCAGCAACGGGUAAACAGUCGCCACUGAAGCAUCCCAAGCUGCUUAAGAAACUGCUGGCAAAUCGGGAGCAGCUGCUGCGUCAAGUUGUUGGUGCCAAUGAUGCAGUCGAACAGCAGCAAUUGCAACAGCAGCAGCAGUUGCCAGUGAAGCAUGUGAAGCAUCACAAGCACACAUUGCCAGAAUUGUUGCCGGAAGCGGAUGCGGACAAUGAGUUGCCUGCUUUUGCAGGUGGCUACAUCAAGGAGCCCUACAAGGAAUUUAAGGACUAUGAGCCGCUGCAGCUGCCAGCUGAGAAUCCAAAUCCCAUGCGCUUGCCCGAGGAGUACGAGCUGGUCUAUAACGAUGAGCUGCCACAGGUCUCUGAGCAAAACGAUCGUCCGAUUCACUUGCGCAGCAAAUAUCCUAGUGGCAACAAUCGUGAUGUGCGCAGCGAUACGCUGGACUCGACUACGACCACGAGCAGCACAAGCACCACUAGUCAACCGCUGUCGGCUCAAUCGCCACUUAGUUUGUGGGAUCUGGAGCUAGACAAUGAGGCACAAGAGCGUGCUGCAGAAGCAGCUGCCGCGGUCACCAGUUCCAGUCGCCGUCGUCGCAAGCGACAGCGUCGCAAUGAGCCUGCCACCAGUAGCAGUAGCAGUGCUUCCACUUUAGAUAACAAUGCUGGAGAGGAUGUGACUGCGACGCCAGAGGUUCCAUCGCCUGCUGAUUGGUAUUUGGCUUCCAUUUCAUCGACAGGUGUGCUGCUCAAGGCGCUUAGUAAUGUCAGCUCUACGCUGGACUUUGUCUUUGUGCUCAACAUACGCGAAUCUGAGGCGUAUCCACCGUUAUUCUCGCCGCAGGAUCUAAGCUGCGUCGAGGAGAAAAUAAGCGCCUACAAAAGCUAUACCGCCGAUAAUUUGCGUGUGCUGCGCAAGCAAUUUCUCAAGCAGUGCCUGAGUGAGCGUCUCGUGGACGCGGAUCCCGCGUUGCCAAAAUAUGAAUCCCAAUUGAUCAUCACUAGGAUUAGCAUAACAUGUAGCUGUCGCUCACUGCAGCCGGGCGAGGUGUGUUCGGAGCUGGAUCACAUUGAUGCACAACGUUGGACUGAGUUUAUGGGCAACGAUGGUAUUGGCUUUUAUGCCAAUUAA